AUGCCAACAAUAAAUGUCUUACCAACCUCUGCUGCGGAAUUGCAGGAAAUUGCAGAUAUUCUUGCGAAAUCAAGAAAGGUUGUGGUUGUGACAGGAGCUGGAAUCAGUACGAAUGUCGGAAUACCUGACUUUCGUUCCGAACAUGGACUUUAUUCCAUGAUACAAGCUCAAUAUGAUGCUGCACUGGAAAAUCCACCUUGGGAAAUUAAUGAUUAUGAUAUUGAUGAUCGACCGAAGAAGAAAAGACGUGUCACGGAGCGCUAUUAUUACGAACUUGUGACGGCUGAUGGUGUAAGGGUAGAGCUGCCACCUGAAGAAUCAUCCGAAUUGCCCUCUGAGCAACCCUCUGAGCAGUCUUCUCAGCAGUCUUCUCAGAAAUCCUCCCAACCGCAAUCAAAAGAAGCUUCGGCGCAACCAGAAACACCUGCUCUAGCUCCAUCGAGAAGAAGUUCUCGCAGGCAUACGUCCUUGGUACAGGAUAACCUCAAAAGUGAAUCUCAGAAACCGAGUGUGAGAAGUCCAGCUGCUAUAGACUCUAAUGCCCCGACCACAAGCGACAAUCUAAUAUUACCCCUGAAGCGUCAAACUCGAAACGCUUCUUCGGCGCAGGACAAUUCUAUCAAAGAAUCUCCAAACCCAAAUUUGAAGGGCCAAUCUGCUCAUAAUCUGCAUGAUUCUCUCUCUCAGGCUACAUCCACCAAUACACCACAUUUGUUGCCUCUGAAAAGGCAAACGUCUAAGUCUCGAACCUCUAUUCUGGCGCAAGAUGGCGUCAAGAUUGAAUCGCCAAAACCUAACAUCAAGGGCAAGUCUUCCAAACUUCGGGCUAUUCGAGCUUGUGAUAGAUGUCGAGUUCGAAAGAUUAAGUGUGGUGACACCCGACCAAGCUGUGAGCCAUGUGCCAAAUCCAAAGUUGAAUGUAUUACCACCGAAACCCCCAAUCGACGAGUAUCUCAAAUUCAAGAGACUAAAUCUCAUGAAGAAAUAAAUCCAUCAACAGAAAUGGAACUCGAUUCGGAAGGUUCCAAUAUUGAAGAUAAUGCUUCACAACAAUUACUUCAAGAAUCGAAUGAAUACUCGUCUCAAUAUUCAUCGGAAUAUUCUCGGUUGCCCCAGGACUUGGAGUCAAUUGACAAUAAACAGAAAAGAGCUCGACGUUCACUCCGAACAAGCUCUCCCUUCUCUACAGCAAAGGAAGAAAAUUCCAACCCAACAAGAAUUUCUUCCGAUUCUUCCUUAACAAAUUCAUUACGACGUGAAAGUCGUCUUCGGUCGACGAUUCAAGCCUCAACCACCAAUCAAAAACCUAUUCCUUCAAACCCACGAACCCUUCAAAGGUCCUCAUCACUUAUACCUUCUGUCGCCAAUUCAAUUAUUGAAAGCAAGACUUCACGACAAUCAGUGAGAUCACGAGCUGAUAGUUUACCUCCACAACUCACAGAACAAUCCUCUUCACUUCUCAGGAAAUCUUCUCGAAGAAAUACACCUGCAUUUGAACUUUCCAACAGCAAACUCUCUUCAUCCACAAAUACUGAAAGUGCAUCUACAACUGGGAGCGCCACACCUUCAGUUUCAUCAAGUGAUUGUAGUAGCAACAACAACAACAAUAACAAACGAAAUUUAUCAAGUGAAGUCAGUUCCGUCACAACUGCUUCCGAAUUUGAAGAACCUCCUUCACAAUCAUCUCAAUCAUCUUCAUCACGUACAUUACCAAAUCUCAAAGGGAAAGAUCUAUUUGACUCAGUCAUUUGGUCCGAUCCUUUCUCAACCUCUAUCUUUUACAUGUUCAUCUCCAAUUUUCGUCGCAGAAUUAAGAACGAUGUCAAGUCUACCACCACCACCCACCAAUUUAUCCGCUCUCUCCGAGACAACGGUCGCCUCGUCCGGAAUUACACACAAAAUAUCGAUUGCCUCGAAGAACGCGAAGGACUCACUACGGAUCUCGAACUUGGCGCGGGUGAUCGCACGCGUUUUCAAACCAAAAUCCAAGGCAAAUCACUCACGGCAGGAACAGAUGAACGAGGAGGAAAAGAAACCCCUCCUGCAACUGGAGUAGAGUGCGUUUUGCUACACGGGUCACUUCGUAAGUUGCGAUGCGGUGUAUGCUCGAAACUUACCAGUUGGGAUGAAGAAGAUAGGGAGACUACUACAAUGGCUGGGUCUGCUCCAGAUUGUCCUUCUUGCAUUUCCAGCUCUAUAUCACGUCAAGACAAAGGUCGCAGAGGUUUGGCUGUGGGGAGAUUGAGGCCUGAUAUUGUUCUUUAUGGAGAAGAACAUCCGCACGCAAAUUUGGUUGGGCCAUUAAUUAUUCACGAUCUGAAAUUAGGUCCAGAUGUCCUUCUUAUACUUGGAACUAGUUUGAGAGUUCAUGGGCUCAAGAUUAUGGUUAAAGAAUUCGCACAAGCUGUACAUGCCAGAGGAGGAAGUGUCAUUUUCGUUAAUCAAACCAAGCCACCCGAGAGUCAAUGGGGCGAUGUAAUCGACUAUUGGGUAGAAUGGGAUUGUGAUGCAUGGGUGCUGGACUUGAAAGAGAGGCGAAGUGAUAUCUGGCAGCCAUAUACAAAUGUCACACAAAACGUUGCCAGCAAGGAUCCGGUGCCUUCCAAGCAGCGUAAUCCAUCUGAUAAGAUACCACCAUACCGUCCACAGUGCAAGAGAGACGAUAAGACAAAUGCAGUUCAUUUCACAUUCAAGAUCCUCGACGACCUUCGGAAACUCAAAGAUGCCGAAGGGAAUGGAUCGGUACGACCUAUGUACUGGGUGCCUUUUGAUCGUAGGCCUUUCAGAGCUUCCACUGGCCAAAUACCAGAAAAUCAACCGAUUAAAAAGUCUCGAGCUUCAGUAUUACCCAUCAGAAAAGGUCGAAAAUCUCUCCCAGCUUCAUCAUCUAUCAAAAUUCCUACAACGGCCACAACUAGCAAAUCCCAAAGACGGAAGACUAUCCCCGACAAAACACCUGCGAAAACGCAACCAACUGAACCACAUCGCAGUGGUGCCUGGCUUGAAGAUUCUCUCUUGAAAAUUGUCCGUAGACUCACCAACAACACGCUCUCUGAAGACCUUCUAGAAGACUUACGCGGCAGAGUCCCAUUCGAACAACUUGCUGAAAAUGUACCAGGGAACAGCAUAGGAUACAAGAGAUCUUUCUCAGAUGUUGGCAUCGAUGGUGCUUUGGAAGGAAUUGGUCUGCCAAAUAUGCGCGGACUGUUAGAUUCGAGUAUUAGUAUCAAAGGAAUGAGUUUGAGUAGCUUGCCUCCGACUGGAUCUCUAGAAUCGGGAAGGAAAGAUUUGGGGAAAGAAAAGGGAAAGAUGAGUGAUAGAGGGGAGAGGGAGAGUGCUACUUUGCCGCGAGAACAGACCUCCCAAGAAGAUCAGAAUACCAUUGUCGUGCAGUCCAGACAGGUACAGGCCAUGAAACAUUCGUAUGGAACGAGAAGUAAACGGAAUAGUAUGGAGAUUGGUGUUGAGGAUAUGGGUGUAGGUGGGACUAGCAAUGCGGAAGAUACAAUUGUCGUUCUUACUAGGGAUAGGAUGAGUAUUGGAGCGGUUUGUAAUGAUAGAUGA